AUGUUAUCUUUAAUAUUAGAAAUAUUCGAAAACUCUCAAUUCAAUCUUAAUACGAUUAUAAUAUUAUUACUAACUAUUAUCUUUGCUUUUGCUUUCGCAAAGUUUUUAUCUGACGAUGAACCUAUAGAAUUCCCUGUUCCGGUGCCUAUUGAGGCAAAACCUGGAUGGAUCAAUGGAAAAGUACUGGAUAAACCUAAUAUAAAGGAUCCCCAAAACUCGGGUUAUAUUGUGUGUUAUGACCCAGCAACGGGCCAACUAUUAUCCAAUAUACGUGCUCAUACUGAACAAGAUGUGAUCGAAGCUCUAAAAAAAGCUCGCAAAGCCCAAAAAGAAUGGGCAAAAACCACAUUUAAGGAACGGAAAAAAGUGUUAAAAAGUUUACUGAAUUUUAUUGUUAAAAAUCAAGAAGAAAUUUGUUGGGUUAGUUGUCGGGAUACUGGAAAAUCAUUGGUUGACGCGAAAAUGGGGGAAAUACUAGUCACAUGCGAAAGAAUCAAAUGGACCAUGAAGAAAGGUGAAAAGGCUUUAUCUCCACAAUACCAUGAAUCCAGCAUGCUGUUAUUUUAUAAAAUUGCAAAAAUUGAGUUCGAACCACUUGGUGUCGUUGCUGCUCUAGUUUCAUGGAACUAUCCUUUUCACAAUAUAAUUGGACCAAUAAUAUCUGCUUUAUUUGCAGGAAAUGGAAUUAUAGUUAAAGCUUCUGAACAAGUAGCAUGGUCAUUGCAGUACUAUAGUAAAAUUGUUAAAGUUUGUUUAAAAUCAUGCGGUCAUGAUCCAGAUAUAGUACAGUUUUUAUGUGGAUUUGCAGAUUGCGGUGAAGCUUUAGUCAAAAGUGGUGUUGAUGGAAUAACUCUUAUUGGUUCUCCACAAGUAGGUAAACAGGUCAUGUCAUCGUCUUCUACUACAUUAACACCCUGCACAUUAGAACUAGGAGGAAAGGAUUGUGCUAUCCUUCGCCAAGAUGUAAAUUUAAGCAAAAUAAUUCCAAUUGUAUUACGUGGCGUAUUUCAGAACGCUGGACAGAAUUGCAUUGGAUUGGAAAGAAUUCUUGUUCAUGAAAGUAUUUAUGAUAAGUUUGUGAAAAUGGUUGAGCUAAGAGUUAAGGAACUUAGAGUGGGAUGUGCUUUGAAUGAUGAAGAGGGUGUUGAUGUUGGUGCACUGACUACGAGCGAUCAGAUUGACCGGCUCUCCACCCUAAUAAAAUCUACAGUUUCGCAAGGAGCUAAACUACUCUAUGGGGGCUAUCCGUUCAUUCAUCCCCUUUACCCAACCGCUCAUUAUUAUACACCCACGCUUCUCAUAGACGUAACUCCCGAAAUGCCAAUAUCUCAAACUGAACAUUUUGGACCAAUAAUGGUAGUAAUGAAAUUCCGAACAGAUGAUGAAGCAAUUGAAAUCGCAAAUUCUAGCGGUUAUGGAUUGGGAAAUAGUGUGUUUACCAAAGACCAACGAAGAGGUGAAUGGAUGGCAAGACGACUAAGAAGUGGAAUGGUUAACAUAAAUGAUUUUGGAGCUAGCUAUAUUUGUAAUUUACCAUUUGGUGGUGUUGGUAUAAGCGGAUUUGGGAGAUUUGGGGGAAUAGAAGGUCUUCGUCAGCAAUGUUUAAUGAAAUCUAUUACUCUAGAUCGAUUUCCAUGGUUAUUACAGACUUCUAUUCCUAAAAUGUUGGAUUAUCCUAUACAUUUUCGUGGAUCCAUGUUUGUUUCUAAUUUGGUUAAAGCUGUUUAUGAAAACAGAUUAUUGUACAAGGUUAAAGGUAUUAUUAAAUUGGAUUAG